AUGGAGUAUAAAAUUCUCUGCUCUCUACUCAUAUUCUUGGAAGCUCUCUUUCUCUUACAUUUUCCAUUUCUAUAUUCUGAGAAAUGGAGAUCGAUAGAGCAAUCAAAGGAAGUGAAGAUACGAGAUUGAAAACUAAGUAUGAUAACGCAAUCUAUGUUAUCCAAAGAGCUCUUGCUUUGUACAAGUUUGAAGAGGUCGCCUUCAGCUUUAACGGAGGAAAAGAUUCAACGGUUUUACUGCAUCUUCUAAGGGCCGGUUAUUAUUUGCAUAAAAAGAAACCUGAUAGUUCUAGUGGGACUCCAAAAAACUGUGAUGAAAAAUUUCCGUUAAGAACUAUCUACUUUGAGAGCCCUUCUGCUUUUCCUGAGAUCAACUCUUUCACUUAUGAAGCAGCCGAAACUUAUGGCUUGCAAAUCGAAGUUAUUCGGCUAGAUUUCAAGUCUGGCUUGGAGUCUUUAAUAAAGGAAAAACCAACUGCAGCUAUAUUUCUUGGUACCCGAAUUGGUGACCCAAAUGCGGUUGGCCAAGAACAGUUUUCCCCUAGUUCUCCUGGAUGGCCACCCUUCAUGAGAGUGAAUCCCAUCCUGGAUUGGUCUUAUAGGGAUGUUUGGGCCUUUCUCUUAACUUGUCAAGUGCCAUACUGCAGUCUUUAUGACCAGGGUUAUACUUCAAUAGGGAGCACAUAUGAUACAGUUCCAAAUGCAUUAUUGUGCAUUGAUGAUUCCUCCUCCAGUAAAGAGAAUUUCAAACCCGCGUACAAGCUUAUAGAUGGAAGGCUAGAAAGAGCUGGUAGAGCUAAAAAAUGUUAUCCAUCGGCUUCUGGGGAUGGCCCAGUCAUUAGCAAUGGUCUGACUGGUGUGGAUUCUCAUCAGACGGGUACUCUGACAGCCUCAAUCAUCUCUGUUGGUGAUGAGAUUCUGUUCGGCAUUGUUGAGGACCAAGUGGGACCAUCGUUAUGCAAAAAGUUACAUUCUAUAGGCUGGGCUGUAUCGCGUACUGCCGUGGUUCGCAAUGAUAUAGAUUCUGUAGCUGAAGAAGUUGAACGUCAGAAGUCUUCUGCUGAUAUGGUGUUUCUAUUUGGAGGUGUGGGCUCUUUGCAUUCAGAUGUCUCUAUGGCAGGCAUUGCAAAAGCCUUUGGAGUUCGUACGGCUCCUGAUGAAGAAUUUGAAGAGUAUCUCAGGCAUCUUACUGGGGACCAGUGUACUGGUGAUCGCAAUGAGAUGGCUCAGUUGCCUGAAGGCAUCACUGAAUUGUUGCACCAUGAAAUGCUACCGGUCCCUUUGAUUAAAUGCCAAAAUGUGAUCAUUCUUUCUGCUACAAAUGUUGAUGAGCUGGACAAGCAAUGGGACUGUCUGAUUGGAUCAGAAAGCUCUAGCAGCCAGCUAAAGUUAAUGGCCCCUUUUUUGUCAAAGCAUCUUAGCACUGCUCUUGCUGAUGUAAAAAUUGCUCAAUUUGUUUCACAAUUAUGUCUUGAAUUCCCGGAUAUUCGCAUCGGAUGUUACCGCAAAUCAAGAAUGGGACCUCAAAUUGUCAGCUUCGUUGGGAAGCAGGACCAUGCGAGAAUGGAACUAGCUGUAAAAGCAUUGCGCCAGAAAUUUCAUCCCGAAGCUUUCUCUGACAUCAACUGUGGGUGACUCUGCUCAUAUCCACUGCACUGACAGCAACUCUGGAGUAUCGAAGGAGCAAAAGUCUGCUUGUUCUCUGAAGUUCCAGUAUUCUUGAACUGAAAGGAUUUUUGCUCCUUAGUCCAGAUUCGAAUGAUGAAAUAGUAAAGAGUCUCCUUCAGCGCCUGAAGUGGAAUAUGAAGGAAGCAAAGGAGAGGAGUAACACAAUUGGUCGAAAACAUUUUUAUAAGAACAACCUUAUUGAUAGAAGUAACAGAAUUGUAAAAUAAUUCAAAUAUUUUCAUGUACCAAUGAUUCCACUUGACAAGCUCAGUUAAAUUUUUUACACAGUUGUUCUUA